UGACAUUGAAAAAUAUUGAAUGUAUGCGCUACAAACGAAUAUAUCAUAUAUCAAUACUGUGUUGAUACGUUGUUGUCGGGGCAACCGAAGCUAUAACGCCUGUCGCUUUGGACGUUGGUCAUUUGAUCAUUUAUUAUUACGUGUUUAUAGCAUAUCACAGAGUUAUACAAGUGUUUGGCAAGUUCAAAGCGCGCUUUUGGAAAGACACCCGCGAGAUUUGCUGCGGGCAAACCUCAUCAUGAGCGAAAACGUGAAAUUUAUUGUGACGGAAGUAAAUAAAUUAUUAGGACGAAAUUACAACCUGAUCGGAUUCAACGCUUUAAACGCUGAGGAUUUGUUGCAGAUAUUAUGCAGCGUUCUACUCAAGAUACAGCAGCAAGACGUUUCUGACGCCGAUAUUAAAUUGGAUUCGCCAGAAGAAAAUUCAAUAUAUAUUUUAACAGCCCUUCGAGUACUUAAUUACCAGCCCGAUGUGGAUCCCCUGACAUUUAGACAAGGUUUAGUUCGAGGUGACAUCGAAAUUAUCCAUCCUAUAUUAACGUGGCUCUUGACGCAUAUCGACGUAGUUCAGAAAAGAGCGUAUCUAUCACAGUUUCUCGUCAAGGUUGAAAUUCCAUCCGAGUAUCUGGGAGAUUCGGAAAUAUCCCUUUUAUACGAGCAGUACUCGUCCCUCGUCGACAGAUUUAAGACAGUUCAUAAGGAAAGGGAAGUAGGAAAGAAGAAUGUCGAAACUGCUGCCGAGCUCGCAACGGAUCUACAAGCAAUGGCAAAGGAAAAGGAAGCAGUGACAGCACGUAUCGGCAAGAUCAAGUCGAAGGCUGAGCCUGCGCUGCAUUUACUAGACGUCUGCAGAUUGUUACGAACGGAAAGGGACAAGGAACGCGACCUAAUGUCACAGAAGGAACAAGAGGAAGACACUAUCUCCGAUUUACAAAGCUCCCUUCAACGAGUCGAACGCGAGUUGUACGCUUUGAAACGCGAUAGUACCGGGCUCACACCACAAAUAUUAAUCCAACAUCUGACGGAGGAAGUGACGGUACAAUCGGCGAUUGUGAAUGAGAAGCUUCCGUCUGAGUUAAACGCAAAGAAGAAUCGGAUGAGAGCGUUGUCGAUAGUCAAGGAUUAUUCUUAUUUGGGCCCGGAUAAAAUUAUGACCAUGAGAAACGAUUUAGAUGCGAUAUUAAAGGACAUACAAGAUUUGGUGGAGUCGAAAAUAUCUAAAAAUGAUAUCGAUAAAAUGGGACCGUUCAGGCAGCAAGCUGCUGCUGUCGGGAAUAUGAAGCGGAACGCUCUUGAACGCUUGGAAAAGAUUGAGAGUUCCUUGGAGGAAUUACAAUCGCGAUUAAAAGAGAAACAGGAUCACUCGCGAGCUUUAUUGGAGACAUCAAUACCUAGAGCAGAGGAACUGAAAAAGUAUAUUAAUCGUUUAAAGACUAAAGGUACAUUGUAUAAGCGUUGCAAAGCGGAGGCAGCUGGUCUAAAAGCAGAGAGUGGUGUACUGAAUCGAACAGUGGCUAUUCUAGAUGGACAGAUAACUCAGUCUUACUCAACGAACAUUGCAUCUAAAGUAACAAUUCCGGAAAAUUAUACGCUAGAUAGUGCAUUAGCGACGAAUACUCAAUUGUCUCAUUCGAUAUUGGCUCUGCGAACCAAUCUUGCUCCGAUUAUAAAAGAUAUGAAGUCAUUACGGCAUACGGCACGUGAUACUGACGAGAGGUAUCAAAAAGCAUGUAAAAGUCACAACACAGUAGAAACGACCAUGAAAAAUACGACGAGCGAUUUGCUGUCCGAAACAAAACGGCUAAAGGAUAAAGUGCUGCAGGAUGCCAAAGAUAAAAAACAAUUACAACAAAAAAUUGCAAAAAUAAAGAUUACCGAAGAAAGGCUAAGUAACGAAGCAAAAACCAAAAAAGAUAUUAACAACGUAGGGCGAACAUUAAAACGGGAAUUACAAAAUACGAUUGCGACAGAAGAAGAAAUUGCAAAAAAUUUGAACAAGGAACAAGAGAGGAUAAAAGAGCACACUGUGCAGUACGAGAAUAAAACGCAACAAUGGAAUAAUAUCAUAUCAAUCUUUUCUUGUAAAAUUGAUUAUGCAGCAGAAAGUAAACAGACCGAUGGCAUAGUCGUACGGAGAGGAGGCGCUGAAACUCUUGUGUUGCAAUAAUAUUAAUAUUUAUGUAAUAUUUGUCACGCAUAUUUUUACUAGAAAGCUAAACAUUUAUAAGUUUCUUGAUUAAAUAUUUUAAAUAUAGAAAAUACAUACAAUAUAUGUUAAAAAUAUAUACAAUGUACAGUGAAAACUGCAAAUGAAUAA